AUGGAGAGGCAUUUGGCGGACUGCGUCCGCUCCGGCGACCUGAAGCGCAUGGAGGAGGAGGCGGAAGACGAGGACGCGGAGGUAGAGCCCUGGGAGGAUUCCGAGGUCUUCGAGGAGUGGGGUCACAAGGGCUCCGACAUCGCAGACGCCAACCCGCAGGAGAUCGAGCAAGAGUCGGCAAAAGCAUCUCGUGUCACGAUUGCCAUUAAGGAGGCGAUCAAAAGCGUGAAGCACAUCAGGUUCACAGCCGACGAGGCAUACUCGACCGGAAGACUCGGGAGAGUUAAGGUCUGCGCGCGAGGGUUACUGUACAGCUACGUCACGAAGGAGACGGAAUGCGUGUACGUCCAGGUUGAUGAGACAGAGAUAGCUGAUGUGCUGCAUGUCGUCUUCCUUAUUCUAGGAGGCCAUCUGGGCUCGACCGUCCUUGAAAAGGAUGCAAAGCUGGACUACGAUGUCAACUGCCCGGACGAAAGAGCAGGUGAAGCGAGUGCUGGCGAUGCGAGCCAUCUCCGAUUUCGCGAUCGGAAGGAUCCGCGGCUAGACCCUCCAAAAGGUCGUCGAGAGCGUUGUACCGUGGAACAGCUGUCUCUCGGCGACUUGUGA